AUGGCACCGGAGGAAAUCGUGCCAUGCGAGGAUUUCGCCACAUGCGGUGCUGCCCAGUUCCAAAACAAGAGCUUCCCGAAGAAUGUCAAGCAACAGGACUCCUACUUCAUCGUGGAGGACAUGGCCGCCACCUUUGGCGUGCGCCUGGGAGGUGUGGAUAGGGUGGCACUCUAUGGUGUGGCGGAUGGUCACGGUGAGUGCGGAGAGGUUUGUGCAACCUUCGUGCGUCGGCACUUGCCAACGCAGCUUGCGAAAUCGCGCCACUUCGCAGAAGGGCAGCUCGAAUCAGCGCUGGUGGAAGCCUUCGUGCAGACGGAGUUGCUGCAGCAGUCUGCAGGCCUUCCGCUCUGGGCCUCGGGCGCCUGUGUCACUGCGGCUGUGGUCUCGCCAACCAGCAUCGUGGUCGCCAACUGCGGGGACUGCAGAUGUGUGUUGGCAGAGCAGGGAGCAGCGCGUGAUCUAUCCUUCGACCACAACGUCCAAAGCGCGACGCCGGAGGAACUCCGGAGGGUGCUUGCAGCAGGUGGCAGCCUCACUCCGGAUAAGCGCGUCACAACAGGAGGCGCUCCUGGCCGGCUCGCGACAACGCGUUCGCUGGGGGACUACUGGGCGAAGCCGCAGGGACCUCCGGAGGGCCACAUCAUCUCUGGGCUUCCAGAGAUCCAGGCGGUAGCGCGGCGGCCUGGUCAGCAGUUCUUGCUGCUGGCAUCGGAUGGCAUCUUCGGCUUCAUGUCAUCCCAAGAGGUGGUGUCCAUGUGCGUGUCCCGAGCCCAGCAGCUGCCGCCCUCAUCGCCGCUUUCGGCCCUGAGCCAUGCGCUGGUUUGUGCCGCCGUGUCUCGCCGCAGUGACGACAACUGCACCUGUCUCGCUGUGGACCUCUCGCGUGUGGACCUGUCGGGGCCGCCCGAGCUGGUGAAGCGGCCAAACGAGCGGCAGCGGCCUCCUGACCUGGAGGUGCCUGGGCCUGAUCUGCCCGAGCAAAACCCGUACUGGGAGCCGAAGCCCGAUGAACUUGGUCAGACCGACAGUGUGCACAGUACUAGGAGGCACGGUCACUCGCUUGCCUUGGCCGAGAAGUCAGUCUCAGAUGGUGCCCAUCGUACGAGGCAGCCUGAAGGCCUGCGCGAGGACUCGGAGAAGACGUCUCUACCUCCGUCAUCCCCGGCCACAGCUGACGAGGUCUGCUGGUGUCCGUGGUGUUGGGGCAUGAGCCACGAAGGCAAAGCCGAGAACAUAAUCCUGGGAUCCUUCGAGAGAUGGAGGCUGCACAUGCAUGAGCACCACUUUGACAAGCUCUCGGUCGCCUAUGCGGCCGACGAGAUCGUGCCGUGCUACUGGUGUUGCAGACCGUGUGUAACAAAGAAGGGGCAGCACAAGAGUUUGAACCGCCUCCCCUUCUGGGGAUCCCACGAGCGCGUCUGCAGAGAGAAUCCCAGCAAGCCUUUGCUUCCUGGCCAGGCUCGUAGCUCCGAGGGGUCGCAGACCUCCAGCGGAGAGUGGCACUGGGGAAGAAGAAGCCAGGCCCGCCGGCCGCCUCUGCUUCGCAAGGAUGCCAGCGGCAUUGGCGCAACAUCUCCUUCUUUGGCUUACCGUGACCUUCGAGACUCGUAUGACCUCCACGAGUUGCGCCAUCUGUCUCUGCCGGGCGACGAAGUUGGACGGAUGGGAUACGACGGGCGCAGGCCGCCGCAUCCUCCAAAAGGUAGUGUCGAGCACAUCAAUGAGCGCCGAGCGCCACGGCGAGAGGCGCACAGACCCUCUGUGGCACCUGAAAGAGCGGAUGCCGAAGAGGCGGCUUCAGGCCAUCAGGCGCAAGGACCGAGCAGAGGUCAUGUCAGAGCCAGGCGUGCUCUCUGA